AUGUCGCGCUUCACCAUUCGGCGCUUUGUUCUGCAGAACAUCAUCGCUGUGGCGGCGCGCUGCCCCUCCGCCACCGUCGCCUCGGCGGCUGUGGCAGUCAUGACGGGUGGCACGGGGCCUGCGUCGGCCUCUGCUGCCUCGUCCUCCUCGACAGGCAGCUGGGUGCGGCGCAUGCUCGUCAAGAGCCGCGCGGGCUCGACAUCGGCGUUCUCGUCGCACUUUGCGCUUGUCACGGAGGCGGAGAUGGAGCGGAUCCGGCGGUGCCGUCGAGAGGACGCCGAGGAGAGCCGCGUCGUCCUAGCCACAUGCCCGAGUCGCUCCGUACUGCGUGGCAUUGGCGGCGGCGCUCUCAACGUGGUUCUCGGCUUUGUCAUCUCACCGCUCGUCCUCCUCGCCGUUUCCCUGGAGCGUGUACGACUCGGCAGCGGCGUGAGUGCACUGUGGACGGCGCCGUGCUACGGUCUCCUGUGGGGCGGCGUCUUCCUCGUCUGCGCCCAGUACGCGGCGGUGCAGCAGGUGGCUCUCAGCUCCUACUAUAGCUGCGUGGCGACGCCCCUGUACUACUGCGUAAACCGGCGUCCCAUGGCGGAUGUCGCCGCGUCGGCAUCGACUUCUGCGCCACGCGCGCGCGCGUGGACGUGGAACGGGCUCCGCUGCUGCUUCGAGGCACCGCAGGGAACGCCGAACGCCCACCAUCCGCUCCUACAGCUCUACGAAGACCCAUCGGUGUUGCGCGAACGUGCCAUGAAGCGUGUUACCCGUCGGGACAAGGACAGGAUCAAGAGGAAGGCCAAGUACAGCGGCAAAGCCAAGACGGGCGGCACAGACGGCGUCGCGGACGACGACUACUAUGGUCUGCUUGGCGUGCCAACCGAUGCCACGCCACGGCAGAUCAAGGAGGCCUACAAUACAAAGGUGCUCCACAUCCACCCAGACCGCAACCCAAGCCCGGAUGCUGCGCGGCAGUUCGACCGCGUUACGAAGGCCUACCGCGUCCUGUCGAGCCCGCAGAAGCGCAAGAAGUUCGACCUCGGCGGUACAGAGGGCGUCGAGGACACCGGCGCUCGAAAGCGUGACGCCGUCCGCGCCCUUUUCGGUGGUGAAGAGGUGCACCGCAUCGCGGGGGACGUGUUCAUGAGCAGCUUCUCGCAGCGCGUGAUUGACGGCCUCGACUACACUGGCGAAGAGCUUGCGGUGCUGCGCCAGCGCAUGUACGAGCAGUGCCGGGAUGAGCUGCUGUGCAAUUACCUAGUGCACUACGACGCAGCAGCGGCGGCUAGCAAGAAGGUGGCGGACGAGAAGAAGCGCAGCGGCAGCUGCAGAGGCCCCUGGAAAGGUGAUGCUCUUACCAUCCGGCUGCGCAAUAUCCUCAGCACCGGGCUUGCGAAAGAAGUGCUGCAUACCAUCGGUCAUGAGUACAAGCGAGUCAUUGCCUAUUUCGACAUGGAGAGGAGGCGACCCAGCGGCAGCGGUGAGGCCGGAGAGGCGAACGGCGGCGCGUUACCGUCGCCUGUCCGCGAUGCAGUAGCACCUCACUCGAAGAGCGUGUCUCUCCCUUUCCUCGUGGUGGCUCGCGCGAAGCUCUACUUCAAGACAGUCGGUCCACACCGCUGGCAGGUGCGGCGACAGAAAUUCACGUAUCUUGCCGCGGUGCGCGGCCGCACUUUCAAGGACUCGGAGGCCAUGGUGGACCUGGCGUGGUACACGUCUGUACAAGAGCUGGAGGCGACGGCGAACACCGUCGCUCUCGCGCUUCUGUACGACCCGCAGCUGCCGGCGGCCGAGGCCGCACGCCGACGGGAUGCGCUGGAAGCUCUGGCAGACACGUUUAUUCUUUACGGCCAGCCGUACAAGGGUGCGAACAAAUCCACCAUGAACCAACUGAUGAACUCGAUGCGCGAGUAUCAGCAGCAGAGGCAGCGCGAGAAGGACACUCAGUAG